ACACUACUCCUGUCAAAUUCUUUUUAGCGCACGCCAGCUUUGGUGCACGUGUGUUUUUUGGUCUUCGCUUGAUAAUUUCGCCAAAAUGGACAAACCUAAUGUUCUCGCCCGCGUAGUCAAAGUGCUCGGCCGUACCGGCUCUCAGGGCCAGUGUACUCAGGUCAAAGUUGAGUUCAUCGGAGAGACCAGCCGUCAGAUCAUCAGGAAUGUGAAGGGACCCGUCCGUGAUGGAGAUAUCCUCACCCUUCUCGAGUCUGAGCGUGAAGCCAGGAGACUAAGAUAAUUACCAGCUAAUUAUAAUGUCACUCAAGAGGAGUCAUCUAGGUUAAGUUGCAUCGCUAUGUACCAUUUAUUAAAAUUUAUGUGUUAAAUAUGAAACCGUCAAAGAUGAACAUCUGUAUCCAGCUCGUAAUAAAUAACAUAUGGGUGUGA